AUAAAAGAGAGAGAGGGAGUUGACACACAUUCAAAGGCAUUUUGUCUGUUCCGAUAAAGAAGAAUAGAAAACAGAAAAUACACAUUACAUAGUGCAAUAUUUUCUUCUUAUUGGACGAAGAGGGUGGUGGUGGUGGUGAGAUGAAGAGGUCUCCUAAUUCCUCUUCUUCAUCUUCAUCAUCUUCUGUUGGUGUUGGUUUUGAAUUAAAGAUUAAUAAUAAUGAUAAGUAUCCAAGAAGCAAAAAUAGCAGUAAUAAUGUGAAGUUAUCACAGAAUAAAGUAUUGAAGAAAACAAAUAGCUAUGACAAUAGCAGUGUCAACAAAAGAAGCUCCAUUUACAGAGGAGUCACCAGGCAUAGGUGGACAGGGAGGUUUGAAGCUCAUCUGUGGGACAAGAAUUCUUGGAAUAAUAUUCAGAGUAAGAAGGGACGACAAGUUUAUUUAGGGGCAUACAAUACAGAAGAAGCUGCUGCUCGCUCCUAUGAUCUUGCUGCUCUAAAGUAUUGGGGACCUAAUACAAUCUUAAAUUUUCCGAUGGAAACAUAUGCCAAGGAAAUUGAGGAAAUGAAGGAUGUUUCACAGACUGAAUACUUGGCUUCUCUGCGAAGAAGGAGCAGUGGAUUUUCAAGAGGAGUUUCCAAGUAUCGUGGAGUGGCUAGGCAUCACCACAAUGGAAGGUGGGAAGCACGAAUUGGAAGAGUAAAUGGCAACAAGUACCUUUAUCUGGGGACCUAUAACACUCAAGAAGAGGCGGCAGCAGCAUAUGAUAGAGCAGCUAUAGAGUACAGAGGAAUAAAUGCAGUAACAAAUUUUGACAUAAGCAAUUAUAUUGACAAAAUAAAAAAGAAUGAGCCGUCUAUGAAAGAAGCACAAACACAUAUAACUCCAAUCUCUACUGAAUCUAAAGAAGCAGAAGUAGUGGAGCAGGAGGCUCCUUCCACAGUAGUGGCAGAUCCAACAAAUUUAGAUAACCAGAAAAAAGAAAAUAUGCAGAAGAAAAAAGAGCAGCCAAACACAGAUAUCGACGGCAUACUUUCUCGGGAUCUGAGAUGGAGUUUCAUGGAUGCCGAAUUAUCUGAGUUCAACAUGAAUGAUAUUUUUCAAGGUGAAGGUAGUGGAUUGGAGGAUGACAUCAACCUUAUGUGUAUGGCUGAUCCUGAUGAGAGUAGUUUCAAUCUGAACACUAUCUUUGAUGAUCCUGGAAAAUGUGGUGGAGAUAUGCAUGUCUAUGCCAAUUAUUAAGAAGCAAAAGUUCUCCUUCUUCUAAUAUGUGAUCUCUUCAAGAAGCAAAAGUUCUUGUCCUGUUCUUCUAGUUUGGUUCUGUUUGAA